UUUAUGGUGGCCAAUUUACGUUAUCGACUAAGUUUGGAGCAGCCUACAAACAAGCAAAUGAACAAUAAAAAAAGACAUGAGUAAAUGACAAAACGAAAGAGGUGGGUGGAAUGGAAGGAAAAAAAAACAAUGUAGAGUGUCUACAUGAGUUUGCUUGGGCUGCGGAAAUAAUUCCCCAUCAGAUACUCCUUUAUAGUUUGUAACGGAAAAGCAGCAAUGUAUGGAACGUUUUGAUCACAGGUAUUAAGAGUUCGUUCUUCAUAAAACGACAUAUAGCCAGGUUAUAUGCUUCUGGUAGGAUACUGUCGGCGUAGUCAUAGUCCGUCGUCCGUACUCCGUAGUCCGUACUCCGUAGUCCGUACUCCGCAGUCCUCGAUUUACAGCAUCGCGAAGCUUUGUACCAGAUCCUUAGCAGAUAUAAAGAUGGCGGCAGUGCCCAGCGUGCUACUUUGGAAAAAGUUUCAACAUAACCAAGAAAGUUGAAUGAAAUAAUUUUAUAUGAUGGGUUUUAACCCUGGGAGAGAUGAAUACUAUCAAAAGAACAGCAAAUUGUGCUUCAACUAAUGACCAGAAACGGUUACGCAAAGAUGUGGUCGCUGUGAAAAAGAUAAACUUUAGAAGAAGUAAUGAAGAGUUGACAAAAGAUCGGGUUAAAGACUAUAAAAUUAAGAAAACUUCUACUCUCGAUGUGAGGAGAAGCAGACGGUCGAAGCGAAGGAGUUUAAAUAGCAGCUGUAGCGAGAGUGAAAUGGUAGAUGAUCGAAAACAAGCCGAACCUUCAAUGGAGGACGAUCAACAGGUGCGGAAACGCGAGAAGUCUCUAACAGGGUUAAAAGUUGCAGGAGAGAAAAACCGCUACUGCAGCACUCCAAAUAGAACAGGGAAUGAUAUACAGGAUUGCGAAGCUGAACUAUCUGCAAGGUAUUUCAAGCGUGAACAAACUAAUGCAACAAGUGUUAGCUCUCCUUUUGGAUUUAAAAGUUUAAUCAACAGUUCCAGUUUUUGCGACGAUGAUGGUGUUUUAGCUGCUUUGAAUUUGAGUGAAAUUAUCACUUCCUCGGCUGCCUUGAACCGUACGCAAGGCAACUUGGCAAUUUUACCAGAAGAGGAGGAAAAGCAGUUUUAUGGCUUACCUCUCAAAGUCAAAGAGUUGUUACAGAAAUACAAAGGAAUUGAUAGUUUGUAUGACUGGCAAAAAGACUGCCUCAAUCUAGAGGCUAUUAAGGAGAGAAGAAACUUGAUUUAUUCCCUUCCAACAAGUGGAGGCAAAACUUUAGUUGCAGAAAUUCUUAUUUUCAAAGAGCUGCUUUUGCAAGAGAAAGAUGUCUUGUUUGUUCUCCCAUUUGUGUCAAUUGUACAGGAAAAGGUUAAAUCUCUUUCUCAAUUUGCUGUUGACCUCAGCUUCUUAGUAGAAGAGUAUGCUGCCAGCCGAGGAAGAAUCCCUCCACGUAAAAGACGCAAGAAGAAAUCUGUGUAUAUCGCAACAAUAGAGAAGGCAAAUGCGCUUAUUAAUGGCCUGAUUGAAGAAAGCAGGAUUUCAACCUUGGGACUUGUUGUAGUUGAUGAGCUGCAUAUGCUUGGAGAGGCUGGAAGAGGUGCUACUUUAGAGAUGUGCCUGGCAAAGCUCAUGUUUGUGUCUUCCACCACUCAGAUCAUUGGAAUGAGUGCUACUUUAAGUAACAUUGCAGAUUUGAAGACAUUUUUAAAGGCAGAGGUGUAUUCAAAUAAUUUUAGACCCGUUGAACUGAAGGAGUUUGUAAAAGUGGGGCAUGAUAUUUAUAAAGUUCCUGAAGCUACAGAUCCUGAGGAAGAAUGCAGCAAGCCAGUUAGGAGUAUCUCUCUCAAGCAGGACCAAAGGAUCCUAAAGCAAGAUCCAGACCAGUUGUUAUCCCUAGUGUUGGAGGUCGUACCAGAUCACUCCUGUCUCGUGUUUUGUUCUACAAAGAAAAACUGCCAAAACUUAGCAUUGCUUCUUGUGAAGUUUAUGCCCAGGAAAUUGUGCCAAGUCAAAGCUCAAGAAAGACUUCAGUUGAUGAAAGCUUUGUACAAUGAAGCUUCUGACCUCUGUCCCGUGUUGAAACAGACCAUUCCUUUUGGAAUUGCUUAUCACCACAGCGGGCUGACGAUGGAUGAACGGAAACUCAUUGAGGACGGCUACUGUCAGGGGGUGCUGUGUCUUCUGACUUGCACUUCAACUUUAGCAGCUGGUGUCAAUUUGCCAGCAAAGAGGGUGAUAAUCCGUGCGCCGUAUGUGGGAAGCUCAGUGCUCAGUCAGAGUCAGUACAAGCAGAUGAUUGGUCGGGCGGGGCGAGCUGGAAUAGACACGUCUGGAGAAAGUAUUCUUAUCGUCAAAGAUUCGGAUAAACCCAAGAUUCGUCACCUAUUUUCAGGCCCGUUGGAGAGCUGUUAUAGUGGAUUAUUGUUUGACAAUGGCAAAGGAUUAAGAGCAAUGCUCCUGACACUUAUAGGACUGAAACUAUGUACAACAACAGAAAAACUGACACAGUUCAUGCAGAACACUUUACUGUUUGUGCAGUCAGAAUCACAGUCAGUCAACAUUACUGAACAGAUGGAGACAGCGCUGGACUCCUUACACAAUUUGGGACAUAUUAAAAUGACUGGUUCUACAGACAGCACGAAGAUUGAAGUCACUCAGCUUGGACAUGCUACUUUUAAAGGGUGCAUUGGUGUGGACAGCAGUCCCAUGAUAUAUAGCGAGCUUGCUAGAGCCCAGGACAACCUCGUGCUAGCCAAUGAGCUACACCUGUUAUAUCUGGUUACGCCACAUGAUUUAAGAGAUUCACCCCAACCUGAGUGGAUGGUAUAUUACAAGCAGGUAUCUUCAUUUCGAGAAGAGUCCGAGGAAAGAGUCGCUGAACUUUUGGGAGCAACAGAAAGUUUUUUAUUCAGAAGAGCCACAGGACAGCGAUCGAAAAUGGACGACACUACAGAAAGCAGAGUGAGGCGUUUCUAUUUGACCUUGAUGCUUUACAAAUUGUUACAAGAGGACACUGUAUGGAAUGUGGCCCGUCUUUUUAACGUAACUCGCGGAUUUGUGCAGAAUCUGUUAACUUCAGCGUCUUCGUUCGCGUCCUGCAUGGUCCACUUCACUCGAGAACUGAAUGAAUUUUGGGGCGUGAAUACGCUACUUGAAGUCAUGGUAAAGAAGUUGUCUUACACAGCGAGCUUGGAGCUUGUGCCCCUAAUGGAAGUUCCUGGGGUGAAACAGUCUCGUGCGCACCAGUUAGUAAAGGCCGGAUACAAAACCCUGACUAGCCUGGCCUGGGCUGAUCCCGCUUCGCUCGUGGAACAGAUCGAGCACCUCCCCAGACGUCAGGCUAAUCAGAUUGUCUCCGCUGCUAAGAUGCUUCUGGAAGAGAAAGCGGAUGCUUUGCGAGAAGAAGCUGAGGAGAUGACAACUGCGCCAGACUUACCUUCCACCGAACAGUCACAAAAUUAAUAAUUUAUCCGGAGUUCUUUAUUGUUCUGCUUCAAGAAACAAAAUCUCAAUACGUACAUGCAUUCGUGCACAGCAUUUUAAUGAUACAAAGUUACCUGACACUCGUCUGUCUACGGAAAGGAAAUUACUGCACCUUGGAAUUAUUUAUGUGAUUUUAAUCACGGACGCAUAAAUCGCAUUAGUAGUAAAUAUUUUUUGUAUCUUCAUUUCGUAUUGUUAGCAAUGAAGUGAUUGUAUUUAUGAAGGAAACGGCGAUCGUAUUCAGGUGUAUGUGGUUUAAUUAAUUUCUUUUGAAUAAAGGUAUAUUAAUUGUAAACAAUACCACAGUACAAACUUGUAAAAAAUUAUUUCGGAGUGACAGAUGGAAUAGAAUUUGAAAUGCUAACGUGA